AUGCCAUCACUUUGCAUUCCGGUUGAGGCGAGCAGUAAGGUUAAGGAACCUGAGAGGCAAAAGGUGAAACCAUUCCCAGUCAAGGAGUAUCAACCCAAGAUUCCUUAUCCUGCUAGACUGAAGCAAAUGCCGAAGUAUACCAAGUUCUUGAAGGACAUACUUAGUAGCAAAAGCAAGCUGGAGGAGGUAGCAUAUGUUAAGCUUAAUGAAGAGUGCUCAGUAGUGUUUCAGAGCAAGUUACCAGAGAAACAUCACGACCUAGGGAGUUUUACUAUUCCUUGCACUUUGGGUAACUUGUGUGUUGAUGAUGCAUUAGCUAAUUUAGGUGCUAGCAUAAAUGUCAUGGCCACGAGUAUGUUCAAUAAGCUAGGUUUAGGGGAGGCAAAACCCAUUAGGUUGUGCGUUCAAUUAGCUGAUCAUUCCGUUAAGCUUCUUAGGGGGAUUGUAGAGAAUGAGCAAGGUGCUAGCAUAAAUGUCAUGCCCACGAGUAUGUUCAAUAAGCUAAGUUUGGAGGAGGCAAAACCCACUAGGAUGUGCAUUCAAUUAGCUAAUCAUUCUUUUAAGCUUCCUAGGGGGAUUCUAGAGAAUGUGCUAGUCAAGGUAGAUAACUUCAUAUUUCCUAUGGACUUUGUGGUUAUGGAUAUGGAUAAUAAGCAUGGUGUGCCUUUGAUUUUAGGGAGACCUUUCCUUGCCACGGCUGGAGCUAAAAAAGACAUAUUUGAGGGAAAAUUAGAGCUUAAUGUAGGGGAUGGUUGUGUUACUUUUAGUUUAUUCCCAUUUUAUAGUUCCCCCGCCAACCAUGUUCAUGCCAUUUGCGCUAUUGAUUGGAUUGGUCUUGCAUGUGAUAAGCCACCAUAG